AUGUUGAAAGCAGCUAUCGGCUGUAUUAGCUUAUUGCUGAUCAUCAGUCUACCAUCGAUUGAAUGUCGUUUCAUGGAUGGAAUAAACAGUGUCAAUGGUGGUACAAAUUGUGCAACUUGUACGAUACUUUUGGGUAUUGUUGAUCAUCUUGCCAUCGUCUACAAUGAAAGUGCUGCUCAAGCACUCGAGCAUCUUUGUUCAUUUUUACCAGAUGAUUAUAAAAUUUAUUGUAAAACAGCUGUUGACUUUUUAGGCCCAAUCAUUAUCGACGGUUUUAUUAAAGGAGAUAAUCCUGAUGUUAUUUGUCAUGGUCUAACACUUUGUUCAGAUGAUCCUGGCCAAGCAAAAUGUCGUAUUUAUCCAUCGAAAUCUACGGCAGCCGAUGCUGAAAAUGCUUUGAAACUUCGUGAACGACAUCCAGAUCUUAGUUUACAUUUAUCAAAAAUAAAAAUUUGUCAAAUUCCUGGUAUUGCAGAAAUUUGUAAAAUUCUCAACAAUGCUUUCAAUAAUCAUAUACCAGCAGUUGAUCUCGAUAAUGAUAAAUUUGGUACAGAACCAACCCUUCGUGGUAGUUCAUGGCGUGGAAAAGAUUGUAAUGAUUUUUCAUCACAAGUUUAUCCCGGUGCUCAGAGUGUUGAUGGUGAUAGUGUUAUUGAUCACAAUUGUAAUGGUAUCUAUGGCCUUGAUUCAACAACUGGACAACCAUGGGAAACAGAGUUUUGUAAUGAUACACAACGUUUGGGUAUUGCAGUCUUAGGUGAUUCUAUAUCGGCUCAUUUUCAUCUUCCCGAACAAUGGCUAGAUGCUAAACAAUUGUCUACAGCUGUAUUUCAACAUUUAACAUUUAUUCUUGAAAAUGAACUGGAUUGGCCUCAACUAUCGGCUAGUACGGGCCAUUUGAAUGUCAGCUGGCCAAAUAUUCAAGGUCAAACUCGGUCAUUGUACGCUCGCCUAUUUGAUCUCGAUCAUUGUAAUCAUCGUGAUUAUCAAAAUAUUGCUGUUAAUGGAGCUCGUAGUGGUUCGAUGACGGAUAUCAUGAAAGCAUUAGCUCGUCAUCCAAAAAAUGAUGUACCGCUUCUUGUUAUCUAUUCUCUGGUUGGUAACGAUGUUUGCAAUGGUCACCCGGAUACGAUCGAUCAUAUGACAACAGUCGCAGAAAUGACACAAAAUGUCCUAACUACACUUCAAUAUCUUGAUACAGUUUUACCAAAAGGUAGUCAUGUACUUACAACAGGUUUAGCUAAUGGUAGUUUCUUAUAUGCACUCUUACAUGAUCGUAUUCAUCCAUUUGGUCGUGUUGGUCCGCCAGUGAGUUAUCCACAAAUCUAUGAUUAUUUAUCUUGUUUACAAAUUUCACCUUGCAAUGGAUGGAUGACAUCAAAUGGUACACUUCGUGAUUUGACUACACAACGAGCUGUUGAAUUAUCUGCAGCAAUCAAAAAUGUUUCAUUCACAUAUCAACCUGCUCAAUACGAUAUUGAUUAUCUUGAUUUUCCAUUUGAUGAAGUCAUACAAGAAUGGAUAGCACAAGGCGGGGAGCCGUGGCAGUUAAUUGAAAGUGUCGACGGUUUCCACAUUAACCAAUAUGGACAUGCAUUGGUCUCCGAUGUUCUUUGGUCAUGGUUACAAAAAAAUCGGCCACAAUGGAUACCACCCAUGAAUCCGCACAAUGCAGACAUUGAACGUGUCUUUAAAGAUCAAGGUGGAUACGAUUAA